AUGAAUAUUGGUAAUGAACUGUAUUCAAACUUGUCAUGUUUAGCAGGACAAUCGUUCUUAUUGUUUACAGAAUUGCCUUCACAACUUACAGUAUUUGACACAGAUUUUGUUUUAGAGCACAGUGAGAGCUAUGGCGGUAACAUAAUAGGAGACUGUUCGAUUGAAGGGUAUCAGUAUUGUGUUCCAUUUGACAGAUCAUUUGAAAUGCUCCUGGCUGAACACUAUUGUGCAUUCAUUUUAACAAUUGACUCUAAUGCUGUUUGCAUAUUUUCCACCAAUGAUGGCAAGUAUAAAGUUUUUGACUCUCAUUCAAGAGAUAUUUAUGGCAGAAGUCAUCCACAAGGUACAUGUGUACUGUUAGAGGCACCAAAUAUCAACAAUGUAAUUCUGUAUUUCCAGUCUUUGUACAGUGAAAACAAUCAAUUUGAGCUAAGAGGAAUAAAUAUUGUAGAAGUACUAUGUGGAACUAAAAUACAUGUAAAAUUGCACGCUAACAGUACGAUGUGGAACUAAAAUACAUGUAAAAUUGCACGCUAACAUUCAAGGUGUAAUUAAUGACAAGGCAAAAAGAAAACCAUACAUUGAAAGCCUUAUUUGUCAUACUAAUGAAAACACAGGGUUUUUAAUGUGGAUUGGAGAUUAUUGUAUUUCUUGCAUUUUUCAAAAGACAUCAAUUAAGAACAUGUCAUACUCAAUAUUAGCAUAUGAUGAUGAUAGUUCACCUACAUGUACUACACAUUACAUUAAAAACAUAAAAGACAAGCACACUUUAGUUGAUGCUAUCUUUAACCUAGUAACCACCAAAAUCAAGGAUGAAAUUGUCAAUUUUGAAAUUCAAUUCUUGGCUUGUUCUUCUGAAUUAACCAACUGUGGAAGAAAAAGGAUUAUGAAAAAACACAGACAAAACUAUAUAAAUGACUUCAUUGAACCAGCUCUAAAGAAACAGAAGCUAGAUACAAAGCAGAUGAAAUACAAAACGAUGGCGAAGGAGAAAAAACAAAAACUGCUUGCUAAAAAUAUGAAUUAUAAAGAAACAAUGAGUAAAGAACAAAAGCAAAAAGUACGGGAGAAUAAAAGAGUAAAGUAUGAAGCAAUGGACCAAUCAAAGAAAGAGGAACUGCUUGCUAACAAAAUGAAUUAUAAAGAAACAAUGAGUAAAGAACAAAAGCAAAAAGUACGGGAGAAUAAAAGAGUAAUGUAUGAAGCAAUGGAUCAAUCAAAGAAAGAGGAACUGCUUGCUAAAAAUAUGAAUUAUAAAGAAACAAUGAGUAAAGAACAAAAGCAAAAAGUACGGGAGAAUAAAAGAAUAAAGUAUGAAGCAAUGGAUCAAUCAAAGAAAGAGGAACUGCUUGCUAAAAAUAUGAAUUAUAAAUAA